UAGAGGAUAGACAUGGGGAGAGGAAGAGUGGAGCUGAAGAGAAUAGAAAACAAGAUCAACAGACAAGUGACCUUCUCUAAGAGAAGAAAUGGUUUGCUCAAGAAAGCUUAUGAGCUUUCUGUUCUUUGUGAUGCUGAAGUUGCCCUAAUCAUCUUCUCCAGUCGUGGCAAGCUCUAUGAGUUUGGUAGUUCUGGUAUGAUCAAGAGAUUCAAGACGCUUGAGCGAUACCAGCGUUGCUGCAUUACUCCUCAAGACAACAGCCUUGCACGCGAAACACAGAGUUGGUACCAAGAGGUAGCCAAGUUGAAGGCAAAAUAUGAAGCACUGCAACGCACUCAAAGGCAUUUGCUAGGAGAAGAUCUUGGACCAUUGAAUGUUAAAGAGCUGCAGAACCUUGAGAAACAGCUUGAAGGCGCUCUUGCACUGGCUAGACAAAGGAAGACACAGAUCAUGAUAGAACAAAUGGAAGACCUCAGCAAAAAGGAGCGUGAGCUUGGGGACAUUAAUAAACAGCUGAAAAUUAAGCUCGAAGCAGGACAGAACCUCAAAACAAUCCAAGGUUUAUGGAGUUCGGGGCAGCUGAAAACAGCAUCUUUACCCAUCCUUCCCAUUGUGAUCAUGAACCUGUUUUGCAAAUAG